UCCGGAGUGGCAGUUUGGCUUGUUUUGCCUGUGUUCCCUCUCAGUUUACUUUCAACUUCAGUCCAUACCAGUGUUAACCUCAGUUAUUUCCAGUCGUCAUGUCUCGGGGGUCAAGUGCAGGGUUUGACCGCCAUAUCACCAUCUUCUCUCCGGAGGGAAGACUCUACCAAGUCGAGUACGCCUUCAAAGCCAUCAACCAGGGAGGACUGACCUCCGUGGCGGUCAGAGGGAAGGACUGUGUUGUGAUCGUCACACAAAAGAAAGUCCCAGACAAGCUCUUGGAUGCCUUGACAGUCACACAUCUGUUCAGAAUUACAGAGAACAUUGGCUGUGUUAUGACCGGCAUGACUGCUGAUAGCAGGUCUCAGGUGCAGAGGGCACGAUAUGAAGCGGCUAACUGGAUGUAUAAGUACGGCUAUGAGAUCCCUGUGGACAUGUUGUGCAAACGCAUGGCAGACAUCUCCCAAGUCUACACGCAGAACGCUGAGAUGAGGCCGCUAGGCUGCUGUAUGAUAGUGGUCGGACUGGAUGAAGAGUUGGGUCCGCAGCUGUAUAAGUGUGAUCCAGCGGGCUACUACUGUGGCUUUAAGGCCACAGCAGCUGGAGUCAAACAGACCGAGGCCACCAGCUUCCUAGAGAAGAAAGUCAAGAAGAAGCUGGAUUGGACCUAUGAGCAGACUAUAGAGACGGCUAUCUCCUGUCUGUCAACUGUUCUGUCCAUUGACUUCAAGCCCUCGGAGCUGGAGGUGGGAGUUGUCACUACACAGGAAUCUAAAUUCAAGAUCCUGUCAGAGUCUGAGAUCGACACUCACCUGGUGGCUCUGUCUGAGAGAGAGUGAGGAGAGCUGGCAGCCAUUUCGCUGCCGUUGUCACAACUCUGAAAAGAAUGAACGUCAACACCAGAAAACCCCACCUCCUCCACACAAAGAUAGUUUCCAGAAGAAAGGUAAAGGAGGAGCUGGUAUCAUUUUGUUCAGGAGAGGUGGUGCCACUCAAGCUCGCGAGACAAACAAAAAGCUGAACAAUAAA